CGGGCUCCCAAGAUGCUCAAGGUGUCCGCCGUGCUGUGCGUGUGCGCGGCCGCCUGGUGCAGCCAGGCUCCGGCGGCGGCCGCGGCGGUGGCAGCGGCCGGGGGGCGAGCGGACGCCGGGCGUUUUCUGGACGACAAACAAUGGCUCAGCACCAUCUCGCAGUACGACAAGGAGGUGGGACAGUGGAACAAAUUCCGAGACGAUGAUUAUUUCCGCACUUGGAAUCCAGGAAAGGCCUUUGAUCAGGCUUUAGAUCCAGCUAAAGAUCCGUGCUUAAAGAUAAAAUGCAGUCGCCAUAAAGUAUGCAUCGCUCAAGACUCUCAGACGGCUGCUUGCAUUAGUCACCGGAGGCUUACUCACAGUCUGAAAGAUGCAGGCGUGGUGCAUAAGCAGUGGCGAGGUGCCGUGUCUUCUCACUGCAAGCCAUGCCCAGUGGCCCCUGCCAGCCCUGUCUGUGGUUCAGACGGUCAUCUCUACUCUUCACAGUGCAAAUUAGAAUACCAGGCAUGUGUCUUAAGAAAACAGAUCUCGGUCAAAUGUGAAGGUCCUUGCCCGUGUCCUUCAGAUAAGUCAACAAGUACUAGAGCAAAUGUAAAGAGAGCUUGUAGUGACCUGGAGUUCAGAGAAGUGGCAAACAGACUGCGGGACUGGUUCAAAGCCCUCCACGAAAGUGGAAGCCAAAACAAGAAGACAAAAAUCUUGCUGAGGCCUGAGAGAAGCAGAUUUGAUACAAGUAUUUUGCCAAUUUGCAAGGAUUCUCUUGGUUGGAUGUUUAACAGACUUGAUACAAACUAUGACCUGCUACUGGAUCAAUCAGAACUUGGAAGCAUUUACCUUGAUAAGAAUGAACACUGUACUAAGGCAUUCUUCAAUUCUUGUGACACGUACAAAGACAGUUUAAUAUCUAACAAUGAAUGGUGCUACUGCUUCCAGAGACAGCAAGAUCCCCCAUGCCAGACGGAGCUCGGCAAUAUCCAGAAGCGGCAAGGGGUAAAGCAGCUCCUAGGGCAGUAUGUCCCCUUCUGUGAUGAAGAUGGUUAUUAUAAGCCAACACAGUGCCAUGCCAGCGUGGGACAGUGCUGGUGUGUUGACAGAUAUGGAAAUGAAGUCAUGGGAUCCAGAACAAAUGGCGUUGCCAGUUGUGCUAUUGAAUUUGAAAUCUCUGGAGAUUUUGCAAGUGGAGACUUUCAUGAAUGGACUGAUGAUGAGGAUGAUGAAGAUGAUAUUAUAAAUGAUGAAGAUGAAAUUGAAGAUGAUGAUGAAGAUGAAGGGGAUGAUGAUGAUGAUGGUGAUGACCAUGAUGGAUACAUUUGAUUGUUGAGAGCUGAGAUCAAUAAAUUCUACUUUCUAUCAUUUGCAAAAUGAUAGCCUAUUGAUAAUUAUCUUCUUGCCCCUAACACAAUGAUUCUAAAACUUGCGUAUAUUUUGUAUAAUUAUUUCAAAUACUGCAACUAAAGUAAUAGAACUCUGUUUAAAUAAAAACCAUAUACUUUAAGUUUUUAUAUGCCUUAGAAUAAAAGAAAACACAUGUGGAGUCUAGCCAGCCAGCCAGAAGUUAUAAAGAGCCACUGAAAUAGACACAUUUUCAUAAGUACAAACUAUAUAAAUUUCCCACAGAGGAAACAAACAGUGCUUGAGGUCAUUUAUAUUAUUUUACUAAGAACGAUUCCACGUUAAAUUUGUAUCAACUUCUUAGAGACUUGGCCCCAAGGAUUUCAUAAAGAUAUGCAUGAUUUUAAUUACAAUUUCAAAGUAGCAUCUUGCAAAAUCAACAGUGAGUUCAUGGCGUCUGAAGGGAUAUCGCAGGGUAAGGAAAAAAAAUGACAAUUGUAAAGUCCUUCAUCAUGUUUACAUUAAUAGUGAUGUUUUUAGUUAUGAAAUCAUCCUAAAUUUAUAGGACAUUUUUUUAAAUGGUAAGUAUGUAAGACUUUGGUUUCUGAAAGUUGAAAAAGUAGUUGAACUUUCUAAUUUUAAAUUUCAAUUGAAUGGCAAUCCCAUCUACAA